AGAUGUGACAGAAAGCGGCUUCAGGCUCCUCCCACUGUGACACAACUGUACACUGAGCUGAGAGCCAGAAUACUCUUGUGGUGUCGGAGUACUUCUUCAGCGGCUGAGAUAAGAGCCCACCGUAGCGUUGAAGACCCCAGCAACAGAGCGCCCCUGCUCAAGGGUAGCCUUGAAGUGGGGCCGUGGAUGAAACCCACAGAGGCACAUCCCUGAUCGUGAUAUCCGUGAGAAGAGAAUUCACUGUUGCUGGAAGGGGUAGUGAAGAGAUCUCAGGUCCAGUGGAUGAUGCUUACAUUCAUGGCUUCGGACAGCGAGGAAGAGGUGUGUGAUGAGCGGACGUCCUUGAUGUCAGCCGAGAGCCCCACAUCUCGCUCCUGCCAGGAGGGCAGGCCAGGCCCGGAGGAUGGAGAGAACACUGCCCAGUGGGGGAGCCAGGAAAAUGAGGAAGACUGUGAGGAGGACCCGGACCGCUACGGGGUUCCCGGGCGACCGUCGGGCCUGGAGGAGGAGCUGACCCUCAAGUAUGGGGCGAAGCACGUGAUCAUGCUGUUCGUACCUGUCACGCUGUGUAUGAUCGUGGUGGUGGCCACCAUCAAGUCUGUGCGUUUCUACACGGAGAAGAAUGGGCAGCUCAUCUACACGCCCUUCACUGAGGACACGCCGUCGGUGGGCCAGCGGCUCCUCAACUCCGUGCUGAACACCCUCAUUAUGAUCAGCGUCAUCGUGGUCAUGACCAUCUUUCUCGUGGUACUCUACAAGUAUCGAUGCUACAAGUUCAUCCACGGCUGGCUGAUCAUGUCCUCUCUGAUGCUCCUCUUCCUGUUCACCUACAUCUACCUCGGGGAAGUGUUCAAGACCUACAACGUGGCCAUGGACUACCCGACACUCUUCCUGGCUGUCUGGAACUUCGGGGCGGUGGGCAUGGUGUGCAUCCACUGGAAGGGGCCUCUGGUGCUGCAGCAGGCUUACCUCAUUGUGAUCAGCGCACUCAUGGCCCUGGUGUUCAUCAAGUACCUGCCGGAGUGGUCAGCCUGGGUCAUCCUGGGUGCCAUCUCUGUGUACGAUCUCGUGGCUGUGCUGUGCCCCAAAGGGCCUCUGAGGAUGCUGGUGGAAACUGCCCAGGAGAGAAAUGAGCCCAUAUUUCCUGCCCUCAUAUACUCAUCUGCCAUGGUGUGGACGGUGGGCAUGGCGAAGCUGGACCCCUCCUCUCAAGGCGUGCUGCAGCUCCCCUAUGACCCAGAGAUGGAAGACUCCUAUGACAGUUUUGGGGAGCCCACAUACCCUGAAGCCUGCGAAGCCCCCCUGUCUGGCUACCCAGGGGAAGAGCUGGAAGAGGAGGAGGAAAGGGGCGUGAAGCUUGGCCUAGGAGACUUCAUCUUCUACAGCGUCCUGGUGGGCAAGGCUGCAGCCACCGGCAACGGGGACUGGAACACAACGCUGGCCUGUUUUAUCGCCAUCCUCAUUGGCUUGUCUCUCACCCUGCUGCUGCUCGCCAUCUUCAAGAAGGCGCUGCCCGCCCUCCCCAUCUCCAUCACCUUUGGCCUCAUCUUCUACUUCUCCACAGACAACCUGGUGCGACCUUUCAUGGACACGCUGGCCUCCCACCAGCUCUACAUCUGAAAGGGGACGGGCCUGGGCUCCGAGAGCUGUAGGAGGCGUCACUGGAUGCACACUCUAGUGCCAUAUAUUUUUUAAAGAACUUUUCUUUCCUUACAAAAGAAAAAAAAAAGAAUAAAAAUGUGUCGUGUUUACUUUGCGAUGAGGAAGCAGCCGCCAUGCUCCGGUGCUAGCCGUCUCGUCACCAGGCUGCGGCUUGCCUGUCAGAGCAUCUGUGGCCUGCCGGUGGGCUGCUCAGGGAGCAAGCUUGUCUUCAGGGAUGAGGUCAUGUGUGUGGAUCAGGUUGGGGGGACGCAGGCCCCAUCCAGGUCUGUCAUCCUCCAGCGAUGAGCAGAAGGAACGUGCCUCGGUGGGGACCAGGAGGUGCGGUCAGGAAGGAUGCUAAACACCACCACCCUGACCAGAGGAGGGAAGCCAGUUUGUAGUCGAGUGCCCCCAGUGCUGUGUUUGUGAUGUCUGUUACUUUAGUACUUUAGAGCUGAGUCCUGUUCUGUUCUCCACAGUGACUGCUGGGAAGUGGCUUAAUAACAAGACCAAUAAAUAGAUCCUCCUGCUGGAA